AUGCCAACAAAUCCGCAAGCCAAAGUACGCCUCCAUUCCUCCGCAACCGUUAGAAACGCCGUCCCGCCCCUGGCAACACAUAUCCUACAAAUGAUUGUCAAUCUACCCAAGGACGGAGCUUACGACUCUAUACUAGUCAUUGUGGACAGUUUCACCAAAUACGUAAUACUGGUGGAAUGUUCUAAGAAGUUGAAGCUCCCGAAUUGGCAGAUCUCUUCCUACGACAUCAUUGUACAAAAAAUUAGGGAUAGACCCCACUUCUCCUCAGCCUACCACCCGCAGAGCAACGGACAAACGGAACGGGUAAACCCCACGGUUGAGCACUUCCUAAGGGCUUACUCAGGGAUUAACCAAAGGGAUUGGUACCGGCAAAUCUCCGUUCAAGGCGCUACAUGGAUGGGAACCCUCACUCACACCAAGCAAUGUCCCUACCAACGUCCCAAGGCAGACAACAUGGCCUCCCAGAUGGAAUCUCAAUGGCGGGAAAUAGAGGCGGCGCUCCGGCAAUCAAAAACACGCAUGACAGCCGGAGAAGGAGAACCAAUCAGUUUUGAAGAAGGGGAAGAAGCCUGGCUCGACGCCAGGAAUGUAAAGCUAAAAACCUGA